GUGCCGGCGUUGCCGCUCUCAGGCUUCUCUUCGACAAAAGUAAGCGCGGAAUAAACGUGGCUGAUGUGUCAGAAGAUAUUCGUUACAAAAGUAUUUGGAUUUGGAUCAUUAAAAUUGUCGCGUGUUACUCGGUUAUCGGAGUAAGUAACGGAGACAUCGCAUUAAAAGUACGCAGAUUAUUAGAUUAAACGUAAGGGAAACAGAAAAAAAAUGAAUACUUCAGUAACCUUUAUACUUUCCAUAUUUCUUGCAUUUAUGUAUGCUGUUACAGCUUUAAGAGAAGGUGAUUGUGAAGUAUGUGUUGCUGUUGUGGACAAAUUUAGUCAAACAUUAACACCAGAUGUCAAAAGUGAACCUAAGAAGAUUGAGGCAAAGUUUCGGGAAUUCUGUAAAAGCACAAAAUCCAAAGAAAAUAGAUUUUGUUAUUACUUAGGUGGAUUGGAAGAAUCUGCCACAGGUAUUUUAGGUGAACUUAGUAAACCACUAUCAUGGUCUAUGCCUGCUGACAAGAUAUGUGAAAAGUUGAAGAAAAAAGAUGCUCAAAUAUGUGAUUUACGAUUUGAAAAACAAAUUGAUCUUAAUACAGUAAAUUUGAAAAAGUUAAAGGUGCGUGACUUAAAAAAGAUUUUGAAUGAUUGGGAAGAAACGUGUGAAGGUUGUAUAGAAAAGACGGACUUUAUUAAACGAAUUGAAGAACUUAAACCUAAGUAUUCUAGUGGUAGCUCAAAGACGGAACUUUGAAGAAUUGUUUCCAAUUUAGAAAAGUAAUUAUGUUAGUAUGGCUAAAAUCUCGGUCUUUUCAAUUUGCAGAGGAAUUGUGUACAACAUUUAGAACACGUAUUUAUCUACGUAUGUCUUGUAUAGCUUCAUUCAGUAAAAAUUUGUCUUUAGUGACAGCCUCUUAAAAUGAAAUAUUUAGGUUUUGUCAAGUGGAAUAGCAACAAUUACAAAUGUUACUAUAGUAUAAGAAUUAGAAUGAAGCAAAACAAUUAUGGACAAUGAAUGUUUCGCAUCAAACAAUGUUUCUAUAUUCCAAUAAUUUCGAGAAGCGCAUAUAUACAGGAUGUCUGAUACGAAAUGGCCAAAAGCACAUGUAAGCAGAUGGAUUAUUGGUCAAAAUAAACAAAAAAUUUCUCUAUUUUGAACCAUGUAAAAUUUCAAAAUAUUAAUGAAAAAAUAAUUGGCAAACUAGUACAUGCAAUGCCGUAGAACGAGCUCUGUAAACACAAAAUCUCAUCGAAAAUGGCUGAAACGAAACUUUUUUAGCAACAUGCCUACAGUCAACCAAUAGUCUGUCGCUAAGAAGUAAUCGCGCUUCAGUUAUUUGGCGAUGAGAUAUUUUUAGUUUAAUUUAUUUGACCUAAUCCAUUUAUACAUGUGCUCUUAACCACCUCGUCUCAGAUAUGUAUAUUAAAUUUGAUUUCUCUCUAGUGUAAUCAUGAUAAUGAAGUAUCUAUUUUAUCAAAGGUGCUCCAUUUUACGAUAUAAACGUUAGAUGUUAAAUUAAUAUAUAUACAAUGUUUAUACAAAAAAUGAUUUUCACACAUUUAUCUUCAUUGCUCUUCCUCAUAUAGUGUAACAAUACAUUUGUAUAAUAUGUCCGAAUGAUAUUUAUACCAAAACACAAUGUAUUACGUGUCGAAUGAUAUGUGUAAAGUGUAUACUUUAUCCAACUGCUAUACGUUACUAUAAAACUUGCUUUUCGUUAUAUAUUGUGCAUGAAAUACGAACAGUUGAACUAUAGAAUGUAUCUCACGACUAGUAUACUCGUAAACUAUCAUACAUCAACAAUGCCAAUUUUUGAGAUAAGAAUCGUUUAUACUGAUAUACAUCGAUUUUCCAGUUAAACACGAUAAGAAUAUAUACUUGCAUACAAGAUAUCGUAAAAUUAAUGGUUACGGUAAAUCACGCAAAUAAUUGUAGAUAAGAUAUAUCAUGUAUCUGAGAAAAUAUUAUGUACUAUCUUUUUUUUUUCUUUAAAAAAUUUUCUCCACGA